AUGGCUGAAGACGAGCGUGCCAGUUUCUUCAAGUAUGCUGCAACUCGUGCCCCAGGGAAACGUCAAAUCAAGCCGACAGCGUUGUUGGAAUUGGUGGUGACUGGUGGUGAUGAUGAUGAGGAUGAGGAUUUCAAAAUUGACAAGAAAACAAGUGAAACCGGCUCUGAUGAAAGUAGUGACGAGUCGAGCUCCGACUCGGGAAGUGAUGACAAUGAUUCGGACUCGAAUUUGGAUGACUCGAAGUCCGAAGAUUUCGAUCAAAGCGAGCUGGAUGACUUGCGGAAAGACAUCGUCAAUACAGAGUCGGCCAGUGAGAAACUCGUUUGCUCUGUUUGCCUCAAUUUGCGAGAUUUGGUGAAAAACGAGGAGGUGAUUCAGUGUGAUAAAUGUGGUUUGUGUGUUCACGAGGCCUGCUAUGGGACGGAUCUGGGCGAUGAUAGCGCCUCAACGCACAGCACAUCGUCCACUGAACCAUGGUUUUGUGAGCCGUGCCUUUUCGGCUUAAUUGAGCCACCGUACUGCGAGUUGUGCCCGAAUCGAUUUGGAGCCUUCAAAAGGACAGAUAUCGGCGGUCAAUGGGUGCAUUUGGUGUGCGCUUUGUACACUCCUGGGUGCACUUUUGGUGAUGCGGAGAAGUUGACGGCGAUUAGCACGAUGGAGAUCGAUUACUCGAAGAAUUAUGGGAGAAAGGCUUGUUCGGGUUGUUCUUCUCGAUUGGAGGCCCGAGUCGGCAUUGCAACAGAGUGUGACGCCGCAAUGUGCAAGCAAUUUUUUCAUCCAACGUGUGCACAGAGAUUGGGACUCUUGAUCAGCUCAGAAGAAGUGAUAGCCGGACCGUCAGAAGAAACAGUUUAUAUUCAUUGUAAGAAACACUCUCAAGAAGAAAUCAUCCGGAAGAAGAGAUUAGCAUAUGCUCGUUUCCAUCGAUACGAAGAAAAAAGAAUGAUCGGUUUGAAGAGAAAGAAGUUGACCGAGAGAGAGGAGCGAUUCAGGAAGAGAAAUUUGGAGAGACUCACAAAAACGCAUAAACAACUUGAAGGGGUGACAAUUUGCUGGCCUGGAGCACAAUUUGACGAGAAUGAAAUUAAACAACGCCGAAUUCGCCCGCUGCAAACAUCGAUGAGAAUUGUUGAAGGGUUAGCGGAAAAGACCGAAGACAACUAUGGAAUCUCACGCGAAGAUUUCGAGAAAGAAUUCUUCAAAGUGCGCGGAGAAACGCUUCCCUUUUUACCGCCUGCUUUCAGCCCGGAAUUUGUUAGCUAUUUCCACAACCGAGAACGCAACGUUUUGUCGAAUGAGCAAAAGCGCUUGGAGGCGCUAAAUGAGCAGAAUAAAACACUUCGCGAGCAAAUGAAUCAAUUGGAGGAGAAUGCACUAAAGAGUGAUGAUGACGAGAAGAAAUUGGACGCCUCGUUGAAGAAAUUCCAGCAAUUUUAUGAUGCUUUAGUGAAAUUGGGAGUGAAAAAGCUGACAAAUCCGUUCGUAUCGCUCAUCAAGGAGAGAAAGAGUGGAGGAAAGAAGCAAAAGAAGACGUCAACAUCAGCAAAAGGCUCAAAUCCCGCAUCACCGAUCCAUUCUCCUCAGCCAUUCAAAAAAGCGAAUCUUCAUGAAUGCAAAGAAUGCAAGAAACAAAUCGAUCAACAUUUAUUAAUCGAAUGUGACCAAUGUCACGCUUUCUAUCACAUUCGAUGUCUGGAUCCACCAUUGGAAAAGAUGCCAAAGAAGACAAACUUUGACUGGCAUUGUAGCGAUUGUAUCAGUGAUGACGAGGAUGAGGAAGAACGAGAAGAAAGUGAACAGAGUGAUGAGGACGCUCCUCGCAAGUUGAAGCUUCGGCAACGCUCCGAUGCGAAUAAAGCGCAGAAGCUGCAAGAGGCUUUGGAUCAGAGGCGUGCGUAUCGAUCCGCUAUGCAAAACGCUCGACAAAAGCCGAAAACAAAUGGAGAUUCGCCAAAGAAAACAAAGAAAAAAGCGGCAAAAAGCAGUAAUUUUCCGGCAAAACGCCCUCGAUCUCAAUCAAAUGCUUCCUCAACUCCAAUUUCACCAAGCUCUCGCUCAACUUCGAAAGCUUCAAAAAGAUCACCGGAUAAGAAAAACACACAAAGAAAGUCUCCAAGACUUUCCAGUCCUUCAUCCAAGAAAAAGAAACUUGGAAUCCAUGAAAACGUUUUGAAGGGUCGCCAGGUUUACGUGGCCGACAACGGACUCCCAUCAUACUAUGACAGCGAUGUGAGUGAAGAGUUCUGCCUUCUCGAC